GUGCACUGUGCCGCACACGUGAAGGAAGAGGAGCAACGUGAGCAGAGCCGGGUAUGGGGGAGUUCAAGGUGCACCGUGUCCGCUUCUUUGACUAUGUGCCGUCCGGCGUGUGCUGUAUGGCGUACUCUGAAGAGACGGAGAGGCUCGCUGUGGCUCGCAAUGACGGAUCUGUGGAGGUUUACAACUUUCCUGCCAACUACUACCAGGAGACGGUUAUUCCCGGUGAUGAUCGAAGGUCCACGCAGUCCAUAUGCUGGGCCCCUGGUGGCCGGCUCUUCUCUGCCGGUCUGAAUGGGGAGAUCAUCGAGUAUGAUCUGACGAAGCUCUGUGUUAAAUAUUCUCUGGAUGCUUUCGGAGGACCCAUCUGGGGCAUUGCGGCCAGUCCCAGUGGCACCCAACUUGCCGUUUGCGGUGAAGAUGGCUCCGUCAAGCUGUUCAACAUCAGCCCCGAGAAGAUUGUCUUCGAGAAAUCCUUGAACCGGCAGAAAGAUCGUAUCCUGUGCCUGGCUUGGCAUCCUUCUGGAUCUCAGAUUGUCACUGGUUCUGUCAAGGUCAUCAGAGUAUUUAGUGUUACAUCAGGUCAUCUUCUUCACAGACUGAAGGUGGACCGCCGGCCAUUGAAUGUACAGAAUCGUGAGUGCGUUGUGUGGAGCGUGGCCGUCCUGUCCUGCGGAGAAGUCGUCAGUGUGGAUUCCACAGGAAAACUCCAGUUUUGGGAAUUGGACAACGGAACGCUUAUCCGCACCUACAACGUGACGAGCUGUGACGCCCUAAGCCUGGCGGUGAACCAGACUGAGGAUAGCCUGUUGGUGGGCACGGCUGAAGGGCUCAUUCUCCAGUUCCAACGUUUGCCCACUCAGGCGGGGAAGCCAGAGCAACAGUGGGUUCGCACAAAGCCAUUUCGAUAUCACACCCAUGAUGUAAGGGCUGUGGCGCACGGCAGCACCGCUCUCAUCUCUGGAGGUGUUGAUGGCCACAUUGUCUCACGACCUUUGAUGGAAAAGGUGCAAAAUAAAUCCUAUGAAGCUGCUCUGAGAAAAAUCACGUUUCCUCAUCGCCAUCUUGUAUCCUGUGCCCAAGCCUCCCGACUGCUUCUGUUCCAGUUUCCAGGACAUCUAGAGCUGUGGCGACUGGGACAGACGAAUGAAUCGGGAAUCGAUGGUGACCUUCUUAAUGUAAGCAAGGAGCAAGAACUUCUUUUGCAGCUGAAGAGAAAGGGCUCUGAGUGCAUCCGCUGCAGCACCAUCUCCCGCUGCGGUUCAUGGGUCUCUUACGCCACGUCUUCCCGUCUGUUCCUUCAUAGGCUUCAUUAUGAUAAGGAUAAUCUAAGAAUCAGCCGGGUUCCCAAAGUGCCUCAGCUCCAGGCUCUGCAGCUGCUCUUCUCUCCUGACUCCAAGCGGCUCUAUGUGGGCUCAGAGGGGGGACGUGUCCAUGUCCUGGAGCUGUCGGAGGGCGCGUGCCAGCACAGUCGCACACUAGAGCGUCUGUCAGGUUCUUCCCACCCUGUGCAUCUGUUGGCUGCGAGUUCAGAUGGGUCCCUACUGGCCGUGGCCUCUGCAAAUGCUCAGAUUGAUAUAUAUGAUGUGAAGAAGCUAAAAUACGAAUGCUCAGUACCUCAAUACAGUUGUACUCCUGCAGCCAUCAGAAUCCAUCCGUCCACUAACAACCUGGUGAUUGCUUACCCCGACCAGCAGGUGGGUUCUUUCAGCAUUGCUCAAAAGCAGUACACAGACUGGAGUCGAAAAGUCAUGCAGCGCGGCCUCCAUCGGGAUUGGGUUGAGCGCGAUACUCCCAUCACUGGCAUCGCUUUUAACCCCGCGAGGCCUGAACACAUUCUUUUGCACGAUAACUACAUGUUCUGUGUCCUGGAUAAGUCUCUGCCUCUGCCUGAUGAUAAAACCCCUCUGGUGAACCAGAACUCACUGAAGCAGCUGUCAGAGAGUGCGAGGAGAAGUCAUGCGCAUGCCUUCAAAAUAACCAAAAGGUUUCAGCCCUUGCUUUUCAUGGACUUGCUGGACGAUGGGGAUCUGGUCCUGGUGGAGCGGCCGCUCGGUGACAUCCUGCCUCAGCUGCCUCCUCCAAUGAAACAGAAGAAGUUUGGAACAUAGAAACUCCUUCCCAGAUUCUCUACUCAGAUUUAUCUUUUAUAAUCCGAUGGUUUUAUUGUAAUGGGGGGGGCAGAGGGCCCGGAUUGUUUGUAACACCACAGAUUGGACUGGAAAUAAAUGGACGUUGGUGUGGCAGCGCUCAAAACACCAGGAAUGGACCCAGUUUAUGAGGUUGCAUUUUUUACAGGACUGAAAAUGUCAUUUUUUUUGUCCAUUUCCCACUUUGAAUAUAUAUUAUGAU